AGAGGCCGGAGAGCUGCGGCCCGAGCGCCUCGCGAGCGCUGGUGCCACGUCCGCGGUGCCGGGGCCGGCCGGCGGCGCGAUGGCGGACUGGUCUCGGGCUCAGAGCUCCGGGGCUGUGGAGGAGAUUCUAGACCGGGAGAACAAGCGGAUGGCCGACAGCCUUGCCUCCAAGGUUACCAGGCUUAAAUCGCUGGCCCUGGACAUUGAUAGGGAUGCUGAAGACCAGAACCAGUACCUGGAUGGCAUGGACUCGGACUUCACCAGCGUGACUGGUCUGCUCACAGGGAGUGUGAAGCGCUUUUCCACGAUGGCACGAUCUGGGCGAGACAAUCGGAAGCUUCUCUGUGGUAUGGCCGUGGGCCUGAUUGUGGCCUUCUUCAUCCUCUCCUACCUCUUGUCAAGGGCAAGGACGUGAGCCAGUGGGAGCCACAGGAAUCCAGGGUCUUCCUCACCUGGUAUCUUGGGCUCCUGAGGACAUGCUACAAAAAUAUUCCUUUACAGUGAUCA